CCAUGGCCUCCGUCUUGCAGCCGGUCCUGCUCACCUGCGCGGCCCCCGUUAACAUCGCCCUCAUCAAAUACUGGGGAAAACGGGAUGAGGAGCUGAUUUUGCCCAUAAAUUCCUCACUCAGUGUCACUUUGCACCAGGACCAGUUAAAAACGACCACAACAGCGGCCAUCAGCCGUGACUUCAAAGAGGACCGAAUCUGGUUGAACGGCAAGGAAGAGGAUGUGGGGAACCCACGCCUGCAGACCUGCCUGCGAGAAAUUCGCCGUCUGGCCCGGAAGCGGAGGAGUGGAAGAGAUGGAGAUUCGUCUUCCCUCAGCCUCUCCUACAAGGUGCACAUCGCCUCAGUGAACGACUUCCCCACAGCGGCUGGCUUGGCGUCCUCGGCGGCUGGGUACGCCUGCCUAGUGUACACCCUGGCCCGGCUGUACGGGGUGGAGGGCGAGCUGUCGGAAGUGGCACGUCAGGGCUCGGGCAGCGCCUGCCGGAGCAUGUACGGCGGCUUCGUCGAGUGGCUCAUGGGGGAGAGGCCGGACGGGAAAGACAGCAUCGCCCAGCAGCUUGUCCCGGAGACGCAUUGGCCCGAGUUGAGAGUCCUCAUUCUCGUGGUCAGCGCUGAGAAGAAGUCCGUGGGCAGCACGGCAGGAAUGCAGACCAGUGUGGAAACUAGCCCUCUGCUGAAAUUCCGGGCUGAAUCGGUGGUGCCGGGCCGGAUGGAGGAGAUGCGGCGCUACAUCCGAGAGAAGGACUUCCAGGGCUUCGGCCAACUGACCAUGAAGGACAGCAACCAGUUCCACGCCACCUGCCUGGACACUUUCCCUCCCAUCUGUUACCUCAACGAUACCUCCCGGCACAUUAUCAACCUGGUCCACCGCUUCAACGCUCAUUUUGGGAAGACCAGGGCGGCGUACACAUUUGACGCGGGCCCCAAUGCCGUGAUCUUCACGCUGGACAACACCGUGGAUGACUUCGUGGCCGUGGUGAAGCAUAGCUUUCCUCCCGCCUCCAAUGGAGAUCAGUUUCUGCAGGGCCUGCAGGUGGGAUCUGCCCCGCUCUCAGAAGAACUGAAAUCAGCUGUGGGCCCUGAGCUGACCCCGGGGGGGAUCCGCUACAUUCUGGUUACCCAGGCCGGGCCAGGACCUCAGCUGCUGGAAGAUCCCCACGUGCACCUUCUGGAUGCUGAAGGACUGCCCCGCCUAAGUGCCUGAUUCAGUUCAUCUGAGUCUGUCAGCCUCAGGGAGAGACACCAGGAGAGACGGUGUCUCCAGCUUAGCUGGGAAAAUCUUGCCGUGCCAACUGGAAUUCUGCGAGAGAAGCGAGGUGUUGCUGUAAGAGAUUCCUGCGCCUGGAACACCCGUCUCCGGCAGUGAGGGAGGGGGCAGGGGUCUUCAGUGCUCUUCUGGUUCCCUGAGGGUCUCGUGGGUCCUCCGGGGGGAUGCCGACGUGGGGAACGGUGAGGUUUGUGAUGUGGAGUCCUCUCCAUUAGGAGCUGACCCUGGAUACCUCUCUCCGAGGUCAGUCACACCAGGGGCGACCAAGUGGCAACCAUCAGAUCGAGUCUGGACCCAGUGGCUUGGCAGUCUUAGUUCUCACGUCUCAGAGCUUGAUUAAAACAGGAAAAGGACAACCCGCCAAGGAGAAACCCACCUGGUUCACGGAGGAAACUUUCAGAAACCUUGCGUACCCUUCUGUGAAGUCAAUUAGGAAAGGGGAUAAAGAAUCAAACUUUCUGCAACCCGUUCUUUCCCGGAUUUUCUUGUGGUUUUUGCGUGAACGUAAUUUUCUACAACAACCAGGAAAAAUA